GGGUUUGCGUUUCUGCAACAACAAAACGACAGGAAGUGUAUCCGAACCAGGGGCUUUGUUUACAUUCCGUUCAUAACUAUUAUUAUUUUUCUUUAGAUCUUCAUUAAGCUUUCGACGUCUUACUGAAAUAUAAAAUCCACAAUUAUAACCCAUUAGAGUAACACACUGUUCGUGAACCGUGUCGUUCGUGAAUGCAGCUCAGACUGUGUUGUUGUUGCUGCUAGCUGUUAGCUUGCUGGCUAACUUAGCCUCAACGGUGGAGGAGAGAAUGGUUCGUUUGCCUCAGACCUUACAAACUUUUGGAUCUCAAAGAGGUACAUACGUCAUGGCGUAGGCAACCCUGAACCGGAUCCAAGAUGGGGAGAGAGCGGAAGUGCAUUCUAUGCGAGAUGGUGUGCAGCUCAAAGCAGGAGAUGGACGACCACAUGAGGACCAUGCUCCACCACCGGGAGCUGGAGAAACUGAAGGGCAGGGACUGCGGCCACGACUGCACCGUGUGCCGCGUGACGCUGGUCAGCCUGACGGACUACGCCGGACACAUCUCCAGCCCCCAGCACAAGCAGAACGUGGAGGCCUCGGAGAGCCAGGACCGGGACGUGGACUACUUCGACCAGGCCCUGGUGGACCUCAUCGAGAAGAGGAAAGAGCUGAUCCGGAAGGAGGAGGAGGCGGCUGCGGCGCGGCGGGCGCGCGAUGAGUCGGAGCGCCUCCGCCAGCAGGACUUCCAGGAGCGUCUCCGGGAGGCCAAGGAGCUCUUCAGGCUCAACAUCCAGGGCAGGCAGCCCCCCCCCCCGCUGGGCUACGGGGCCCGCACCGCGGACCACCCGGCCUGGGCCCACGGCCUGCAGGGGAAGAGCGCCACCUGGCACGCCCAGAACGCGGCCCCCGGCUUCCACGGCUGCGCGCCGGGGGAGUGGUCCGGCGGCAGCCUGGGCAGCUCCCAGGGGUACGGGGCCCCCCCGCUGAUGGGGUACGCCCCCGGGUCCCCGAGGGGCCGGCACCCCUGGCUGAGCAACCGAGGCAGCAGCCACGGGCUGUACGGCCGGAACAACAUCCCCCAGUUCCCCCCGCAGGGUCGGCCCGUCAACCUGGGCCCCCCGCAGGGCCGGCCCGUCAACCUGGGCCCCCAGCAGGGCCGGCCCGUCAACCUUGGCCCCCCCCUGGGCGGCCUCCCCAAGCACUCCCCGCCGGGGCUGUUCCCCCCCCAACAGGUCUGCCACCGCAGCAACGACGUCACGAGCCCCAAGUCCCACGGGACGAACCCCAAGCCGGACAAGGCCUGCCGCUGGUCACCGUACCCCCCCACCAAGGCCUUUGAGAAGGAUGCGCACCCGCCCAGGGGGUACCCGGACGCGGCUGUCCCGUGCCAGCACGAGACGGCCGGCGGCGGUGGCGUUGGCGUUGGCGUUGGCGGCGGCCCGUGCCAGCACAAGACGGCCGGCAGCGGCGGCGUAUUCGCCAAGCCGGCCCCGGUGGAGCGCGACGCCAGGCCCCGGCAGUCGGACGCCGACGCCCCCGGCAGGAAGAAGAAGCCGACCACGAGCAAGAAGAACCGGAACCGCAACCGGAGCAGCAGCGGGAGCAGGAGCAGCAGCUGCAACGCCACCCAUCUGGACGACCACGGCAGCGGCAGGAGCAGCGGCAGCAGCAGCGCCGACGUGAAGGGAGACACACCGCGGGACGCGAAGGGAGACACGACCAAAGACACGCAGGCCGACACGCGGGGAGACAAACAGCGGGAAACAAAGCGAGACACGCCGAUGGACACACAGCGAGCGACACCAGAAGUCACACAGCGAGACACGCAGCGAGACACGCAGCGAGACGCGCAGCGAGACACGCAGCGAGACACGCAGCGAGACACGCAGCGAGACACGCAGCGAGACACGCAGCGAGACGCACCUCAAACCACACCGCAAGCCACGCAGAGAGACACGCAGCGAGACACGCAGCGAGCCACGCAGCGAAACACGCCUCAAACCACACCGCAAGCCACGCAGAGAGACACGCAGCGAAAUACGCAGAGAGACACGCAGCGAGACACGCAGCGAGACACGCAGCGAAACACGCCUCAAACCACACCGCAAGCCACGCAGAGGGACACGCAGCGAGCCACGCAGAGAGACACGAAGAGAGACACUCCGGCAGACAGGCAGGGAGAGCCGGCUUCAGGCCUUGCCCAGAGCACCUGCUCCACUGGAAAGCUCAAACCGCCGACCGACGCCAGGAAGCCCGACCACAGAGACAGGAAGUCCUCCCUGACCCCUCCCGACAAGCCGAGGCCCGUCCGGACCCCCACGCGGGACAAGAAGCCCGCCGAGCCGGAGCCCAAGACGGGCUCCUCCAGGGGCCCCGCCGUGGGGGGGCCCCUGCAGUCCAGACAGGAGCAGCAGAUCCCAGAGCUCCCCAACAAAUCCAAAGAGGCGGCGCCGGGGAGGAGGGGCUCGGCGGGGGGGGUCCCCGGCGAGAGGAGGAAGGAGACGGCCCCCCCUCCCCCCCCGCCGCCGUCGGUGGCGGCGGCGGCGGCGGCGGAGGAGGAGGUGCAGCGGGUCUCCCCGGAGAGCCCGGAGGGGGCCGACAAGGAGAACAGCUGCAGUCGGAGCCGCGCUGUGGGGCUGGUGAGACCCUCCCCUAGUGGGGGGGCCGUGAAGGCGGCGGCAGCGCCGUCCUACCCGGACCGCGGAGAGUACCUCCAGUCGGUGCACGUCAGCACCUCCUCCACCCCGGAGAGCUCGACCGCCGGCGUCCCCGGCCCCCGGGAGGAGCAGGAGCAGGCGGGGGGCGGGGAGGAUGGGAGCUGCACGGAGGCAGCCGUGGAGAUGGAGGUGGAGCAGCAGCAGGAGGAGGAGGUGGAGGUGGAGGUGGAGGAAGUGUCGAGGAGUCACCAGGGCACCGGCUCCGAGGAGAGCGAGGCGGCGCCGAACGGCGGCAGCCCCCCCCCCCCUCCUCCGGCCGCCGCCGCCGCCGCCGCCCCCGGCCUGACCCGCCUGGGGCUGACCGGCCCGCUCCUCACCAAGCACGCUGGCGCCAAGGGGAAGCCGGGGAGCCACGAGCCCAGCCUGCACAAGCCCAACCUGAACAUCGCCCGGCGCGUGCGCAACGUGAGCGAGUCGCGGAGGGGCGACGCGGAGAAGGAGUCGGGGCUGAAGCCCACCGUCCGCCAGCUCAUCAGCUCCUCGGGGUCCCGCCGCAACGUCAACUGGGAGCAGGUGUACCAGGAGGUGCGGAAGAAGCAGGGCCAGGGCAAGGGCUGGCCCAGGUUCGGCAUCGAGAUGGUGUCCUACGACCGUGAGGAGCCCCCCCACGAGGAGGACCCCGACAUGGCCCUGCUGGAGGGCUUCCAGUGGGACUCCCUGCUGGACUCCGCCCACGCUGUGGCCCCGCGCAAGCGCAGCCUAUCGGAGAGCAGCCUGGCCCCCGGACGCCCCGCCCCCUCCCUCGACCUGUUCUCCUGCCACGUCCCCGGGGACCGGCCGGAUGGGGGGGGGGAGGAGGAGGAUGAGGAGGAGGAGGAGCAGCAGGGGGGCCCGCCCCCUCAGACCCGCCCCCCCGCCCCGGAGGAGCAGGAAGAGGCGGAGCACAAGGUGUUCCCCAGCCAGGGGGCGGAGCCGGCGAGCGGGGCCGACGGGGGGCCGGCUGCGGGGAGGGCCCCUGAAGCGGGGGCCCGGAGGCCCUCGGAGGGGGUCAAGAAGGGCCGGGGGAGGGUCCUCCAGAGGGCGGAGUCGGAGGUGGAGGUCGGCGGCCUGGGGGCGGAGCUUCUGGACGCCCAGGCCAUGGGGAAGAAGAGGAGAGCGGCCGGGGAUAUUCCAAGCCAAGAGAUCCACAGUUUGAAGAAGAACAAAAGGAUGAAGAUCAAAUCCAAGAAGGAGCGCUUCCUGGUGGACCAGCUGCUGGCCGUGUCCCAGAAGGAGGAGGAGCUCAGCCUGUCGCUGCAGGCCCUGGACAACGGCCUCCUCCAGGCCCGCGCCACCCUGCAGGCCGCCUACAUGGAUGUGCAGCGCAUCAUGGUGCAGAAGCAGCAGGUGGCGACAGAGAUGGGUAACCUGAGGAACCAACGCAUCGAGCUCCUGAAGGGCAUGAAAGGAGGCUUCGAAGACCCAGCGUCCCUGCCCCAGGUGAAGCAGGAGCAUGGGGAGUUUGACCCCUCCAUGGCGCCCCCACCCUCCACCGCUACCACCGUGGCUACCGACGUGGCUACCGACGUUAGCAUCCCCAGUGUCCACCUCUUCCCGCCCAGCCAGCCGACCCCGCCGCCCGCCUCCUCCUCGCCCCCGGCCCGCCCCAGCACGCCCCCAGCCCCCGCCGUGGUGAAGCAGGAGCCCUUGUCCCCGGACUGGGAGUCCAAAGAGAUCCAGGUCACCCUCGUCCGAAGCUGCACGCCAGAGACACCGGCUACGCUAACCAACCCCCUCCCAGACCCAGUGAAGCUCCAGUGGUCUCCUGACCAGGGCCCCGUGGCCGACCAGACCCACACCCCGCCCCCUAGGGGCCACGGCUCCCCCGCCCACUGCCAGGACGACCUCCCCGCCGCCGGGGGCCCCAUGCUGGACCGCGCCGUCCAGGUCGACCGGGAGAGCUCCCCGCUGGACAGCAAGCUCCCCCUGGCCCCCCUCACGGCCCCCCGACGGACCUCGGACCCCGGGAACCACGGCAACGCCUCCGUCAAGUCCGAGGAGAGCGGCCCGACCCCCGCGCUACACCUCCCCCUCCCCCACCCCCACCCUCUACCCCUCCCCCCACCCGCCCUGCAGGUGCCGCUGUCCACGGAGAUGUGGGCGAAGCGCGUCAGGAAGCUGAGGAAGAGGCGUGUCCUGAACAAGACGCAGGGGGCGGAGCCGGCGGGCGCCACCAGCGACACGGAGGCGGACGAGGACGCCGCCGCCGCCAAGCCCAGGAGGCUUCCCCCGCGGCGGAGAUCCAGCGCCGGGUCCACGGUCAGCACCUCCACGCCCCCCACCGCCCCGGAGGACGGGGAGCCCCUGGAGGAGGAGGAGGAGAGGGAGAGGGUGACCCCCACCAGGGAGGAGGAGUUUGAUUCGGCCCUGGAGAUGGGGGAGUCGUGCGCCGACGUGGUGAGCCUCGUGUCGUCGGAGCUGGAGGAGUGCAUGGAGGUGACCAUGGCCUGCCAGCAGCCCCAGGUCCCGGGUCCAGGUCUGGGUCUGGGACUGGGGCUGGGUUUAGGCCCGGCUCCGGACUCGUCCAGGGCGGAGUUCUUCAACCUGGCCUGCAACGAGGUCAGCUCGACCAGCGACAUGGACACGUCGUCCCCCGCGGUCCGGCCGUACCCCAGUGCUGGCCAGAUGCCCCCUCCCCCCACCAAGGCCAUCAAGACCAAGAUGUCCUCAGACGUGUCGUCGGACCCCGGCGAGGAGGAGGCCCCUACAGAGGGGGUGUUCGAGGGCCACCAGGAGGCGGUCAACGGGCUGCAGAUCCACAAGGGCCUGCUGUACACGUGCUCCGGGGACCGCACCGUCAAGGCCUUCGACCUGGUGAGCCAUGAGUGUGUGGCGGUGUUUGAGGGCCACAGCUCCAAGGUGAACUGUGUGCUGGUGUCGGCCAUGGUGGGGCUCACCCACCGCCUCUACUCCGGAUCCAGUGACCAGACCGUCCGCUGCUACAGCCUCCGGACGGGGGUCCUGGAGCAGCAGUUCUCCCUUUCCGACCGCGUCCUCUGUCUGCACAGCCGCUGGAAGGUUCUGUACGCCGGCCUGGCCAACGGGACGGUGGCCACCUUCAACCUCAAGACCAACCGGCCCAUGGAGGUGUUUGAGUGCCACGGGCCCCGGGCCGUCAGCUGUCUGUCCUCGGCCCAGGAAGGGGCCCGCAAGGUGCUGUUGGUGGGCUCCUACGACAGCACGGUCAGCGUGCGCGACGCCCGCAACGGCCUGCUGCUGCGCACCCUGGGGGGACACACAAAGACGGUGCUCUGCAUGAAGGUGGUGAAUGACCUGGUGUUCAGCGGCUCCAGCGAUCAGUCCGUGCACGCGCACAACAUCCAUACUGGGGAGCUGGUGAGGAUCUAUAGAGGGCACAGCCAUGCGGUGACGAUGGUGGCCAUCCUGGGGAAGGUGAUGCUGACGGCCAGCCUGGACAAACUGGUCAGGGUCUACGAGCUGCAGUCACAUGACCGCCUGCAGGUCUAUGGAGGGCACAAGGACAUGGUGAUGUGUAUGACCGUUUACAAGAGCAUGAUCUACACAGGGUGCUAUGACGGCAGUGUUCAGGCCGUCAAACUGAACCUCCUGCAGAACUUCCGCUGCAUGUGGCACGGCUGCUCUCUGGUCUUCGGCGUGCGGGAGCACCUGGAGCAGCACCUGGCCGACGCCCACGCCAACCACUGCUUCCAGACCCUCAAGUGCCGCUGGAGGAGCUGCGACGAGUUCUUCUGCUCGCGCAACGGCUCCAAACAGGGAAUUGCGGCACACAUGCAGAAACACGUCGAGGACUUGGUCAAGUCCGACACAUGAGUUCCCCCACGCCCCUGGUCGCUAGGCGUGGCCCCCUAGAUACCUCCCAUAUUGGGGGGAGGGACUGGUCGUUGGUCUCCCCCCUCCACCGAGGCUGAGUUGGUCCAGUCCAUCCAAAAUGUCUGCCGUUGGAAUCCAACUGAAGGAAGUCCUCGGUUUCCGUUUUCUAUCGCUAUUUUCCGAUGUGUUAACUUUGACCUUUCUCUCUCUCUGUCUCUCCGUCUCUCUGAUUCCCUCUGACCUCCUGAACCCCGACGAUCCUUUCUCUUCCUCACUGACCAAAUAAGACAAGGAAACACUAGGCUUUUUUUUCCCUCAAAGUGAAGAAACGCGGGUAGUGUCUGUGUGUGGAGGUGGAGGAAGGGCGGUGGUCGCUCGGCUCCGGGGAAUAACUGCCAAAACAGGAUCAGCACCUUUUUCGGUUUUUAACAAAACAUGGGUUUGCUUCCCGAUGGCAUGGGUCAACAGAUGGUUUUAUUGUUUGUGUGGAGAGUGCAGUUGUGACUUGUGAACCUGAGCAACAUUUAGUUCCAUUGUUAUUUAUUUAUUUCUGCCUUUCAGUCUGAAGAACACUUUCCCAGGUUAGCAAAGUUAGCGUCGGAAGUGCCCGGAAGAUUUCAGUCAGGUUUUUCUACGGAGAGCUUCUCUCCUUGGCCGGUUUUAAUUGCGUUUACGUUCAUCAUGUUCAAGAUGUUAGUUGAAAUCGUAACUUUAAUUUCAAUGAUUUUUUUCAGCGUUUUGUGUUCAUAAGCAGUUUUUGGCGUUAAGGAUUCUGUGUUGCGAGACGGUACCAUAAUGGUAAAGGGACGUUGUUGAGCCUGGAACGGAAAAAUGCCAAUUUAAUGUUAAACGUUUGCCGUGUUUGAAUGUGGAGAUGUGUGUCGGGUGUGCGUUCUACCUACCUUUUGUGUGUGUGUUUGAUUGCGUAUCGGUUAUUUUUUAAGCUCUUGCACAACAAGAGUGAUUUUCUUUGAUUCUGAAUGAGUGAUUUUAUAUUGACGUGGUUUCCUUCACUGAACUCUGUGUUAUUUCACGAUGACGGAGCAUCGAGCAGAAUUCACGGGAGCCGUCUCCCCCCCCCCCCCCCGCCCCACUCCUCGCCCCUCCCCAGCGUGAAGGUUUUUGUAGUUUUAAUUAUUUUCUUAAAGGAGGCAUUCGUGUGGAGGUGAAGGGAUGGAUUGAAGGAGGUGAUUAAAGAGGAAAAAGCGAUUAGAAAGACAGAUUUAAGAUUCAUCUACCAUGCCAUACCUCACCCCUCUAAAAUGUAACCAACCGCCAUUUUCAGACCGCCCCCAACCGCGGGCAGCGUCGAGGCGUUUUCUUUUUUGUAGUUAAUUUUUCGAGUUUUGUUUUUGAAAACACACACAAAGCUUUAGGUCGCAGGCCGUGUCUUUGCUCGCGUUGUUUCGUGGCAGCUCCGCGCUGUGUAGUCCAGGGAGUUUGUUCUUAGGCUUGUGGUUGUAGCGUUGUAGGGAUGCACCUUACCUGCCCUGCGGGAGGCCACUAGCACCCCCCCCCCGACCGCACCAGGCACACCCUUGUUUCUUCCCCGCGCUUUGACUCACACCUCAAAGUCGGGACCUUGUAACAGAGAUUUUUUUAACAGAUUUCAAAUCUAAAAAGGUUAUUAAAAAAAAAACAUGUUGCAACAUCACAA